ACGCGCGCAGGUCUGGUCCUUGUCUGUGUGUGUGUGUGUGUGCGCGUGCAGCUGCGUGUGAAAGGUUACAGCGGGGUGAAGAUAACAUCAAACACCGCGUGUCCGCGUGCUGUCUGUGCGUGAUAUACGCGUCUCUGCACGCGCCUGUGUGUGUGUGUGUGUGUGUGGUCCAGCGCUUUUUCUACCUAGUGGGCGUGUGCCCGGUCCUCUCCUCCCUGCAGACCGGUGUGUGUGUGUGUGUGUGUGUGUGUGCAUGCAUGUUUGCACGUGAAGAAAAACCCGCAUCUUUCAUUUUUUUAUUCUUCAUCUCACGCACAGGAUGAUGCGGGACCGUGCGGCAGCUGCGAUCACGAGUGGGUAAUUUCUCUCUCUCUGUUGAGUGUGCGUGAUUUUUCACUCCCUCCCUCCUCUUCCUCCUCCUCCUCCUCCUCCUCCUGCUCCUCCUCAGCGUGGAGGUGCGGGGCCACUAUACUGGCUGUGUUGUUGCGGCACUGGAUGGAUCUAACUCGCAUGUUGUUUGCGGGUGAAGAAGCCUCGGGCGGUGCACGCGGAAGGGAGAGAAUUUUAUUUUUUAUUAUUUUUUCUACAUCCUCAUUUGCUCCUCCACCUUCCUCCACCUGCUGAUCAGUCACCUCCACACCGUGACGACAUGUCAAACUCAAACAAAAGCAAGAAGGACAAAGAAAUCCUCGCAGAGUAUGAGAGCCAAGUCAAAGAUGUGCGGGCCCAGUUGGUGGAGCAGCAGCGAUGUCUGGAGCAGCAGACUGAGAUGCGAGUCCAGCUGCUUCAGGACCUGCAGGACUUCUUCAGGAAGAAGGCCGAGAUCGAGACGGAAUAUUCCCGAAACCUGGAGAAGCUCGCCGAGAGAUUCAUGGCCAAAACACGCAGCACGAAAGACCAUCAGCAAUACAAGAAGGACCAGAACCUUCUCUCUCCGGUGAACUGCUGGUACUUGCUGUUAAACCAGGUGAGGAGGGAGAGUAAAGACCACGCCACCCUCAGCGACCUCUACCUGAACAACGUCAUUACCCGCCUCACGCACAUCAGCGAGGACUCGGCUCGCCUGCUGAAGAGGAGUAAGGAGAUCAUCUUCCAGCUUCAGGAGGACCUCAUGAAGCUUCUCAAUGAGCUUUACACGGUGAUCAAGACGUAUCACAUGUACCACGUGGAGACGAUCAGCGCGGAGACCAAGCUGCGGGAGGCGGAGCGUCAGGAGGGGCGCGUGAAAGGCGUGUCGGGGACGGGCGGAGGGGUGGAGCCAGUGUUCGGCCUGCGGAUAGAAGAGCGCCACCAGAGACGCAACGCUGCCCGCAAGAUGGAGAAGAUGAGAGAGAAGAGGAAGGCAAAGUACUCAGAGAACAAACUGAAGACUCUUAAAGCCAGGAACGAGUAUCUGCUGACUCUGGAGGCCACCAACGCCUCCGUCUUUAAAUACUACAUCCACGACCUGCCCGACAUCAUAGACUGCUGUGACCUAGGGUACCACUCCAGUCUGAGCCGGGCUUUGAGGACCUACCUAUCAGCCGAACUGAGCCUUGAAGCCUCCAGGAGGGCGGGUCUGGAGGUCCUGGAGGGGGCCGUGGAGGGCCUUGACCCCGCCCGAGACAGGCAGCGUCUGCUGGGCCUCUACCCCACCGCCUUCUGCCCCCCACAACGCUUCGGCUUCCAGUCUCACAUGGGCGACACAGUGACCCAGAUUGCCUCCCAGCCACAGGUCCAGGCCGAGCUCACGCUUCGCCUCACGCAGCUCCAGACCCGCCUGGCGUCCCUGAAGAUCGAGAACGAAGAGGUGAAGAAGACCUGGGGAGCGACCCUGACCACCCUCCAGGACAUGACGGUGCUGGACGACUACGACGUCUCCCAGAGCUUCACCCACAGCCCGUCCUCCGAGUCCGUCAAGUCCAGCGUGUCGGACGGCUACUUGAACAAACCGAGUCUGGCCAAGAGACGGGCCAACCAGCAGGAGACGGAGCUCUUCUACUUCACUAAAUUCCGCGAGUAUCUGGAGGGGAGCAAUCUCAUUUCCAAACUCCAGGCCAAACACGACAUCCUGAAGAAAGCCUUAGCGGAGGGGUAUAAAGCUGAACUACUGACUACCAGUCGUGGGCGGAAGAACUCCCACAGCAAGCACCAGGAUUCAACCAAAGCCAUACCUUUGCUUGUGGAGAGCUGCAUCCGCUACAUCAACCUACACGGUCUUCAGCAUCAAGGCAUAUUCCGGGUGUCGGGAUCACAGGUGGAGGUCAACGACAUCAAGAACUCCUUCGAGAGAGGUAAUGACCCGCUGAUUGACGAGGAGAGCAACCACGACAUCAACUCUGUGGCCGGGGUGUUGAAGCUCUACUUUAGGGGUUUGGAGAACCCGCUGUUUCCAAAGGAAAGAUUUAAUGACCUCAUCUCCUGCGUCCGAAUCGAGAACAUGUACGAGAGAGCGCAGUGCAUCCGUAAGAUCCUGCUGGGCGUCCCGAGGGCGACGCUGGUGGUGAUGCGUUACCUGUUCGCCUUCCUCAACCACCUUUCCCAGUACAGCGACGAGAACAUGAUGGAUGCUGGGAACCUGGCCAUCGUCUUCGGCCCCACCCUCCUGCCCACGCCGGACACGCUGGACCAGGUAGCCUGUCAGGCUCACGUGAACGAGGUCGUCAAGACGGUCAUCCUGAACCACGACAACAUCUUCCCCGACACCAAGGAGCUGCCCGGGCCGGUAUAUGAGAAGUGUAUGACUGGGGACCAGUACUGCGAGAGUCCGUUCAGCGAGCCGGGGGCGUUGGAGGAGGCUGAGCCCGACGGCGGCACCGAGACCCAGACCAGCGACGAGGAAGGUGAGGCGGUGGAGGCGGUGGCGAGGUUCGACUACGUGGGCCGGUCGGGCCGCGAGCUCUCCUUCAAGAAGGGAGCGUCCCUGCAGCUCUUCCAGCGAGCGUCACAUGACUGGUGGGAGGGGCGGCACAACGGCAACCAUGGCCUCGUGCCUCAUCAGUACAUCGUGGUGAAGGACAGGGCUGACGCCAUGUCCGACACACUCAGCCAGAAAGCGGACAGCGACGGAGGAAGCAGCAGCACCGACGACAAGAGAUCCAGGAGCGAGCUGAGCUCCCCGACCGACAUCAGACCACCAGAGACCUACAACAGGUCCGUCAUCCACAGGAGGAAGCGGACCGACGGUUUAUUCCGCCGCCCCCUCGGCCGCUCUAACGACAGCCACUGCCACGGUAACGGAGGUGUGAUGGAGCGGAGCUCUCCACCCGUGACGGGUCACUUUAGUCCCAGGGAGUUGCUGCUGGGACGGGGUCAAGGCUUGACUCCGCCUCUUGACAGCCCGGAACGCCGCCGUCGGUCCGCCGCAGCCGUGACCAUGACGGUGAGCCGACACGAUUCGCUGCGGAGGCCGGAGGACACGCCCAUCCGACGCUCGAGCAGCGGGCAGCACGGGUUCGGCGACUCCCAUCGCUCCAGAGCGCUGGACCCCGACACUCUGGCACAGGACAUCGAGGAGACGGUGACGGUGGCUCUGGGCGAGCUGAGGCAGCUGGAGCGUCAGGGCUGCCGGCCGGCUCCCGACGUGGUGCUGGACACUCUGGAGCAGGUGAAGAACGGGCCGAUCACCACCUGCUCCUCCGAGUCUCCGAGCCCCCACAGCACCCCGAGUACCCCGGGCACGCCGGGAACCCCCGGCACCCCUGGGACUCCCGGGACGCCCGGCACCCCUGGCACCCCGAGCCCCCUCAGUCCUCUGAGCCCCAUCAGCCCGCUCCCCGGACCUCCACCUGGACCUCCGAGACCGGCCAACCCUUCCCCAGACGCCCUGGGCUCUUUUAAACCCGUGGCAGCCGCUCGAAUCGGGGCUCCGCUGCGGCCCCCGGCCCUCAGGCCCAAACCUAUGGUCCCACCUAAGAGCAGCACCCCGCCUCUGCCCCCACCGCUGGACAAAUCCUGCACCAUGUGAGCCAAACCAGGCCGAUUAAACACGGCCAAAAUCAGGCCGACCCGGGCCAAAAAUGGGCCAGAAGAGGAGAUCAGGGUACUGCUUAAUGUUUAUAAUCAACAUGAGGGUAGAAACGGUAGGAAAGAGAAAAAGGUUUUAAUGUAGUAAUAAACUAUAAUAUAUGACAUGACCUAUGAUAUGAUAUGCCAUGAUAUUUAUGUGUCGUCAGGUUGGUGUGUACUCUCUUGGUGUGUAGGAGUUUACUUUCUCCAUGUAUCGAAGCAUUUAUCAAAGGUUAGCUGAUAAAGAGACACAGGAAGAGCGUAGGCAGAGCAUCCUGUCAGAGAAACGUGGGGAGUGUAGUUCAACUCCAGUAAAAAAUGUAGUUUUUAAAAGUGACGUGAAUGUUGGCUGUACUGUACCGAAGAUAGGCGGCUAGGCGUUCGCUCGAAGCGCCCCCCAAAAAAAUAAAAAUAAAAACAGGCUGCUGUUUCCUUGAAGACUUUAAAGAUCGGCUGCUGUAUCUGUAACGGAGAGACUCUGACGUGUUGAGGAGGACAAACGGCCAAACGAUGGUUCAACAACAACGACAACGUGUGACUUAUAAUUUAUUUUUUUAUUUUACACUCGGUUCAGCUGCUAAAAAGCUCACUUACACCUCAAAACCACGAAACGCCUCUUGAGGUCGUCGGUGACACCAAACUCACAUUAUUUAAACGUCCAGCUAUUUAAAUGAAUGUUUCCAGUAUUUAACGACUGUUCAGCCAUUUAUUGAAUGUUCGGCGAGCUGCUGCGGCGACUCGCUAAACUUUUUAAAAAACAGCCUUCUCGUGUUAUUUUUUGUUUGUUUGUCGGGGAGGGACGGGAGGGGGAGGAGACCCAAACCAGAGCUUCAAACAGGGUGUGAUGGGAUGUUGGGUUGUGGGUGGGUGGUAUGAUUUUAUUCUUGUGUGUGUGCAUUUGUGUACACGGAAUCCUACCGGGCACGCGACAUGUUACGAGCUAAGAGCGAAACAGUCUAAGUCUCCAAACUACGGCCCGCGGGUCACAUCCGGCCCACCUAAACAAUUGGAGUGGCCCACUUAACGA